GGGGGAGUUCGAGAAGAAAAUGUUUAUUAUGGCCCGUGAAUAAAUAAGGUAGAAUGUCUAUGGCUACCUGAGCCGUUUAGUCAGACUCUAAGGAGUGGCUGCACAAGGCCGGCCUAUCGGCGCCGGUACGCCUCUGACACUUUUAGUUGACAGUUACGUUGAGCCUCCCCUACGCUGUACAGUUGUUCAGUCCCGGUAAAACAGGUCAACGAUGAGCUCCGUUAAAAACAAAAACAAGCGGCGCUGACGUUGUGCCUCCCGGUAGCGGAGCCUUUGUGACGACUCCUCCGCUGAUCCGGAGCUGGGGAAGCCGGCGCCACGUUAGGCCGCGGUCCGUCCAUUCUCCACCGCAGGUCGCAUUGGCGGGGGCCGCUCCGGCCCGGGCCGAGGAGCUGCUGCUGCUGCUCUCUGAGGAAGAGGAGGCCCCGGGGCCGCCCCCCCGCCGCCCCGUCUUACCGGGCCCCCUAGCCGCCUCCUCGGGACACUGCGGGGACAUGGAUCAGUGUGUGACGGUGGAGCGGGAGCUGGAGAAGGUGCUGCAGAAGUUCGGGGGCUAUGGGCAGCACUGCGAGCGGAGCCUGGAGGAGCUGAUCGAGUACGCGGGCGGGCUGAGGAGGGAGAUCCUGCAGGCCGCCGCAGAACAAGAUGGAGAAUUAUCUGGGACGUUGUCUCUGGUGUUAACGCAGUGCUGUAAGCGGAUCAAGGACACGGUGCAGAAGCUGGCCUCUGACCACAAGGAUAUCCACAGCAGCGUGUCCCGGGUGGGGAAGGCCAUCGAUAAGAAUUUUGAUGCAGACAUCAGCAGUGUGGGCAUCGACGGCUGCUGGCAGGCGGACAGCCAACGGAUGCUCAACGAAGUAAUGGUGGAGCACUUCUUCAGGCAGGGAAUGCUGGAUGUGGCUGAGGAGCUGUGCCAGGAAGCUGGACUCUCCAUAGACCCGAGCCAGAAAGAGCCGUUUGUGGAGCUGAACAGGAUAUUGGAGGCACUGAAGGUUCGGGUUCUACGACCAGCGUUAGAGUGGGCCGUGUCAAACAGGGAAAUGCUGAUGGCGCAGAACAGCUCAUUGGAGUUCAAGCUUCACAGAUUGUACUUCAUUAGUUUACUGAUGGGGGGCGCAGCCAACCAGAGGGAGGCGCUGCAGUAUGCCAAAAACUUUCAGCCUUUUGCUGUAAAUCAUCAGAAAGAUAUCCAGGUGCUCAUGGGAAGCCUCGUGUACCUGCGGCAGGGUAUAGAGAACUCUCCCUAUGUUCAUCUGCUGGAUGCAAACCAGUGGGCAGACAUCUGCGACAUCUUCACCCGGGACGCCUGCUCCCUGCUGGGCCUCUCUGUAGAAUCUCCUCUCAGUGUUAGCUUUUCUGCAGGUUGCGUGGCACUUCCAGCGUUAAUUAACAUAAAGGCAGUUAUCGAACAGCGGCAGUGCACCGGAGUGUGGAAUCAGAAGGACGAGUUACCGAUUGAAGUGGACCUAGGUAAAAAGUGCUGGUAUCAUUCAAUCUUCGCCUGCCCGAUCCUUCGUCAGCAAACGACAGACAAUAAUCCUCCCAUGAAACUCGUCUGUGGUCAUAUAAUAUCAAGAGAUGCAUUAAAUAAGAUGUUUAAUGGUAGCAAAUUAAAGUGCCCGUAUUGCCCUAUGGAGCAGAGCCCAGGAGAUGCCAAACAGAUCUUCUUCUGAACAUGGAGGCUGGUUGCGUCGGCAGCCUCCUAGAUUUUUAGUGCAUUUGAAGAAAGCUUGGGGAGUUUUUCCCGUAUCUCCAUUUAUUAUUAGAGACCCAGGAUCAUCCUGAAUUUUUUGGUAAAGGCAAUCCACACAGACACUACCAACAAGUAUAAUCCUGACCACAAUCUAGACAGCGCCAGGGUUGAAGUCUUGUACAUGUGCGUCCCAAGGACCUUCCUGUAACCUCUGUAUAUGGCCGCGCUCCAGCAGCGGUCAGACAAUGCAGGUGUUUUUGUACUUACAAAGCAAGAGAUGAUGUAAACUUUUUAUUAUUAAAGCCCCCCCGCUCCUCCUUCCUUGUCCUCUCCCUAUCUCCUUGUCAUCUGCUGAAAGUCAAUGUAGAGCAAUGUCGUGAGUUCUUUUCCCCCCUGUAUGGUGUGUAUAUAGCCAGACCGUUCUACAGAGGCGUCUAGUACAGAC